AUGUGGAGACCCCUACCUUUCCUGGCUGCUGCGCUGGCAGUCCCAUCCCAGGCGCUGCACUUCUUCAUUGACGGUGCUACUUCCAAAUGCUUCUUCGAGGAGCUUCCGAAGGACACACUCGUCGUUGGUCACUUUGAAGCAACAGUAUGGGACGAUGCGACGAAAUCCUACCAACCACGAGCGGACACCGGCGUAUUCAUCACCGUUGAGGAGACAUUCGAUAACAACCACCGGGUCGUCGCUCAGCGUGGCGACAGCAAGGGCAAAUUUGCAUUCACUGCGGCCGAUUCGGGCGAGCACCGUCUCUGCUUCACCCCGCAAAAUGUCGCUGCCGGCGGCAGCUGGCUCAACAACGGCCUUCAUGGCUCGGUCAAGUUCCACCUCGAUAUGGUCAUCGGAGAGACUAGCAAGAUUGAGAGCACGGACAAGACUAAGAUCGACGACAUUGUGCAGAAGGUUAUGGAUUUGAACAGCAGACUGCAGGAUAUCAGGCGAGAGCAGGUGUUCCAGAGAGAACGCGAGGCUGAAUUCCGAGACCAAUCUGAGGCUACCAAUGCCCGCGCAGUUCGAUGGACACUUAUCCAACUGGUUGUUUUGGGAGUCACAUGCGCGUGGCAGCUCACGCACUUGAGGGCAUUCUUUAUCAAACAAAAGCUCACUUAAGAGGGUCGGAAAUGAGACGCUUGGGAGGAAAGAUUUCACGGCCGGGAACAAAAGGCAGUUCUUAUUCAUCUUUGGUGCUGGCAAGCUCUGUACUGUAGGCAUUGGCGUUUGUAAAGGUAUCAAUCACAGCGUUCGAGAUAGCACGAAGUAGAAACGAAGCAAUUCAUCAAGCAAAUGUGGCAACUGUUGGUUGUGAGCUGAGUAUCCAAGGAGAUCACAUUCGGCGUCGUAAAUUGCUCGUGCUCGAGCAGGCCAUAGUUGUGUGUGUUUGAGGCUUCACCUAAACACUUUCAAAUAUUCGCAAAGGGCGUUGUGCCACCAACUGAAGGCGCUGGCAGUGGAAUAAAC